AUGCCAAAAGUAGUUAAAGGGGAAGAAGCCAGUCUAGCCUUCGAAUUCUCAGAACCGGGUGUUAGCGACGCCCCGAAAUCCACCCCAGCUACUCCAAGAGUCACUAAGGCCAGCAUUGCAACUACUGCAAUGACCGAGAUGGAUUUGAACACCUUAUUUAAGUUCAUUAAACCAUAUGACGGUAGUAGGGAGACCGUAAAUUCUUUCAUAAUUAAUUGUAACAAUGCUUACGAAUUAGCCUCAGAGUCUCAGAGACAGAUUUUAUUUAAAUAUAUCAUUAGCCAGCUUCAAGGUAAAGCGGAAAUUGCCUGCUCUAUAAAAGAGUUUAAAGAUUGGGAACAGCUCAAAGACUUUUUAAAGACACAAUUCAGUGAACGUAAACACUACGCUCACAUUCUCACUGAAUUACAGGAGAGCAAGCAAAAUCCACAUGACAGCGUUAACCAAUUCGCACUCCGUAUAGAGACCUGCCUCUCACAGCUAUUAACGGAAAUAUCCCUAUGCAACACCAAAGCGAAAGAGUUACCAGGUAGGGUUGCGGCCAUGGAGGACCUUGCUCUGCAUCAUUUUCUUAUGGGGUUACACCCCCGAAUUUCAAAUAUCGUUAGAUGUAGGUCUCCAAAAACGCUUAACGAAGCCAUAAAUUUAGCCAUCUCAGAAGAGCGAAUCCAACAGAGCCUUUAUAAACGACCACCGCCAGAAACAAGGUAUGAACAAAAACCUAAACAAAAUUUUAUUAAAUCUUUUAAUUCCAAACCAACCAUUCCUCAAAAAUACUCACAGUAUCCUAAUAUGAAUCAACAGAGCUCGCCUAACGCUUUCUGCCGAUAUUGUAAGACGGCGGGGCAUGACAUUAUGGCCUGUAAAAAACGGGAAUAUGCUAAUAACCGAUUUAGAGUCUCGUCACGGUGUCGUCCGAGACUAAACCCAAAAGCCGGCACCAACCAUUCCUUCCUCAUAUCCAAGGACCACAAGGGUAACCAGCCCCAAACAAGAGUCCAUCAAUCCAAGGACCACACGGGUAACCAGCCCCAAGCAAGCGUCCAUCAAUCCAAGGACCACAUGGGUAACCAGCCCCAAGCAAGAGUCCAAUAUCCCAAGGACCACACGGGUAACGAGCCCCAAGCAAGCGUCCAUCAAUCCAAGGACCACAUGGGUAACCAGCCCCAAGCAAGUGUCCAAUAUCCCAAGGACCACAAGGGUAACCAGCCCCAAGCAAGUGUCCAGCCAUCCAAGACCCAUAACUCAAAAACUCCUUCUCCAACAAGUAAAAUCAAAAUCUAUGAAAUAAAUUUAGACACAACUAAAAGGUUGUUACCGCAUAUCCUGCUAGAUUCAUCCGUCACGGAUAUCCCAUUGUCUCUGCUUGUUGAUUCAGGGUCUGCCAUAUGUUUGCUAAAACAAUCAAGUAUCCAGGGGAACCUCAAAUUAAUAAAGGAACCUAUCAAACUUAAGGGCAUAGACCCGGGCGAUGAACCGACAACCACAGAGGGACAUUUUCCGUUAAAAUUAAAAUUAAAUAAAACUAUAUCCGCGUCACAUAAAUUCCACGUCAUAAAAAAUAUCAACUUACCAUAUGACGGUAUCAUAGGCUCUGAUUUCCUAACCGCGUUUGGAUGUAAAAUUGACUACACAAACGACACCCUCAAAAUCGGUAAAUUAGAAAUAAAAUUGCAUUUUGUUGAUCCAUUUUAUAUUAUUCCACCACGCACCGAAACUGUCAUUGAAUGUUCGGUUUGCGAUACUGAUCUUAAAGAAGGGCUUAUCACGGACCAACACAUAUCAGAAAAUUUACUUAUAUCCAAUUGCAUUGUAAAAAUAAAAGAAAACAAACGCGUUAAUUUAACCAUAGCUAAUACUUCAGAGUUUCCUGUCAACCUAAAUCCAAACUUAAAUCUCAAAAUUGCACCUUUACACUCUGACGCAGUCCAAGUGAACACAAAUCACUCUAACACAAUCAAUAGAACAAAUGACGUAAUAAACUCAUUAAGAACAGAUCAUCUGAACCAAGAAGAAUCCAACGCCCUCAUUGAACUUUGUUCCCAGUAUUCCGACAUUUUUCAUCUGCCCGAUGAUAAAUUAACAUAUACAUCCGCCCUUAGCCAUCAAAUCAAAACGAACAGCGAGACGCCCAUACAUACUUAA